CGUGCUCGACUGCUCGUCGUCUGAGUCGUCUCCAGGCAGCGACCCAGCGUCGACUGCCUCCCCAGUCCCACCUUCCACUUCCACCCGUUGCCUUCGGCGACUCCCAAAUUCGCAUCUGCUCCUCCACUCCACUCCACUCCACUCAUCUCUUCUCCGAGGCGAGCGCAAACCCGCCUCGCUUCUCGUCAAACCCUAGCGCCCCGCUCGCCCGCGUCGUUGCCCCGCCCCGGAUCAAGCCCGCACAGCGCCCGAGCGUGCGUCUCCCUCCCGGAUUCGAGCGGCGGGCGGCGGGAUGGGGUCCGACUCCAAGGAGCUGCUCGGGAUCGAGCCCCUCGAGCUCCGGUUCCCAUUCGAGACAAAGAAGCAGAUCUCAUGCUCUAUGCAGCUAACGAACAGAACGGAUGACUAUAUCGGCUUCAAGGUUAAGACGACGAGCCCGAAGAAGUACUGCGUCCGACCAAACAGCGGCAUUGUGCCACCACGGUCCACCUGCGAUGUCAUUGUGUCAAUGCAAGCGCAAAAGGAGGCACCACCCGAUAUGCAAUGCAAGGACAAGUUUCUCGUGCAAAGUGUUAUUGUGGCUGAAGGCACGUCAGCAAAGGACAUAACUGGAGAUAUGUUUACCAAAAAAUCGGGUAAUGUGGUGGAUGAGGUGAAGUUGAGGGUUGUCUACGUCCCACCACCCAAGCCGCCAUCCCCAGUGCGUGAGGGAUCUGAAGAAGGCUCGUCACCUAGACAUUCAUUGUCUGAUGGAAGCAACUUGAAUUAUCAAGAGAUGCAGACAACAAGGGAAUCAGAUGAUCCACCAUCUUUGGCUGCUGUAAAAGCUCAAAAAGACCAAGAAGGCUUUACCUCUGAGACAUCUGCUUUGGUUUCAAAGUUGACAGAAGAGAGGAACUCUGCCAUUCAGCAGAACAAUAAGCUUCGACAGGAACUGGACCUUGUAAGGAGGGAGCUCCGCAAGCAGAACGGCGGUUUCUCAUUUGCGGUCGUGGCGGCCAUUGCUCUCCUAGGGAUUCUGCUAGGGUUUAUCAUGAAGAGAUAGAUGAGCCGGUGUUAAUCUGCAUCUUCUUAGACCGUUUCCCUCGUGAGAUUAUAUUUUGUCCAAUGCAUCUAUUCACAUGUACUACAGUGCUACAGCGCUACUCCAUAGUCCAUAGCAUAUUCGGGAUCUGGUGUCUUCAGUGAUUGCGUGCUUAGUGGCUACCUCACCCAGGCAACAAGCCUGUCUCCUUGAUCUUGUGUUAGCUCUUAUGUCAGCUUGUGCAACUAAGAAACUGGGUAACUAUUGAUAUUUUUGUGGGCAGCUGUUGAGAAAUCCUUCUGGUAUGUUAAUCAAGGAAAAGUGUGGCGAUUUUUUUU